UAACAUCAACCUCGGUUCUUCAGAGCAGCAGUAGCGAGUCGGCAGGACCUAUCAUCUGCUUGCAAUCACACCAUUGUAAGCCAGGUACCACUGGAGUUUAGUGAACUUUUCAUCGAGUCCUUUACCGUGUGGGUGUGAAGUUCUUCCAAAUUCACGCUUUGUGAUUUCCUGAAACCACUGCGACCGUCGCACGGGUGGAAACAGAGUCAAAAUAAAAUCGCAGUGUCAAAAAUAAAGAUUACACCCUCCCGCUUGAACAAUCGCGAGGAAAUAAUCAUUUCUUGUACUUGUGAAGAGUGUGUGAUCAAAAAUCGGUAGAGAUGCAAAACGUUGUAGAUUGCAAGGAACACAUGCCGAAGGCCGAUACCAUCCGGCUGCGGAACAAAUAUAUCGGCAAAUCCUGCCAACUGUUUUACAAAACCGACCCGUUGAAAAUAGUUCGUGGCCAAGGCCAAUACAUGUACGACGAGGAAGGGUCACGCUAUCUCGACUGCAUCAAUAACGUCGCACAUGUCGGUCACUGCCAUCCAAAAGUGGUAGAAGCCGGUUCCCGCCAGAUUGCUACUCUGUCUACCAACAAUCGCUUUUUGCACGAUGAGCUGGUCAAGUGUGCCGAAACGUUGACCGCCAAGAUGCCCGGAAAUCUGUCGGUUUGCUACUUUGUCAACUCGGGCUCCGAGGCUAACGAUUUGGCGCUACGCCUUGCGCGACAUCACACCAAGCGCCACGAGGUUAUCACCUUGGACCAUGCCUAUCAUGGACAUGUGUCUGCGGUGAUGGACAUUUCCCCGUACAAGUUCAACCAACCCGGUGGUGAUCCGAAACCGGAUUUUGUCCACGUAGCACCCUGCCCGGAUGUCUAUCGGGGAAAGUACCGUGACUGCGAUUAUCCCGAGGACACUGACUUAGGUCAGCUGUACGCUGAUGAAGUAGCUCGACUUGUAGAGAACUGCCCUACCGGUGUCGCGGCUUUUAUCGCCGAAAGUCUGCAAAGCUGUGGCGGACAGAUCAUUCCACCAAAGGAUUACUUUAAGAAGGUGUACAAAAUAAUCCGUGAUGCCGGAGGUGUUACAAUCGCUGACGAGGUGCAAGUUGGUUUCGGUCGGAUCGGAACACACUAUUGGGCUUUCGAACCUCAUGACGUCAUUCCGGACAUCGUAACCGUGGCCAAACCGAUGGGUAAUGGCCACCCAGUGGGUGCUGUCGUCACUACACCGGAAAUUGCAGAAAGCUUCGCUUCCACUGGAGUGUGUUACUUCAAUACGUAUGGUGGCAACCCGGUAUCUUGUGCUAUUGCUAACGCUGUGAUGAAUGUUAUCGACGAAGAAAAGCUGCAAGAAAAUGCGCUAGCUGUCGGAAAAUACCUUCUGGAGCAGUGCCGUUCACUUCGAUAUGAAUACGAUGCGGUUGGUGAUGUCCGUGGAACCGGUCUAUUCAUAGGAAUUGAACUGGUCAUCAAUCGCAAGGAACGCAUCCCUGCCACUAAGGCAGCCAAGGCCGUUGUUGACAGAAUGAAGAAUACCCACAAAAUUCUCGUAAGCAGCGAUGGACCAAACGAAAACGUUAUCAAGCUAAAGCCUCCGAUGGUUUUUAAUGGUGAGAACGCUGAUCAAUUCCUGUAUGGUUUUCGUGAAUGUUUGACCUACUUGGAAAAUCAGGAAAAAUCUCAAGUCUCAAGCCCAGUUGUUACGAUACCAAUGUCUGCGACUGGUGGGCUAUGUAGCCUAGCUAAUAAUGCCAUCAGUGAAAAGCGUGAAAAAUUAAUCAAAUCUGUUUGAACUUCCGCCUUAAAUAUGAAUUUUAACCAAUAAUUUACCUUAAACUUGUAAGCCUCAUCUAUACAAAUCUUAAUAUACUUAUUUGUUUAAAAAUAGGUAAGCUUACUACUUUCGAAAUGCUUUACACUUUGAAGGAAAAUUCUUCAUUCUAACAAUUUCAAUAAUAUCUAAAAAUGUAUAA